GUUUCAACUCUUUUCUUCUGCUUGCUUGUUAUGAUAUUCAUCAAACCCGCCUUACAACUUCCGUUUCAACAUGAUCGCAGCGUGCGAGGCAAUCUGCUGCUAGUCUCGCUUUGCUACACGCCGCUGCAGUGCAGCGCAUUGCACUCUGCUGGCAGCGAAAUACCUGAGCCAGUAUCCAUGCCCCGUUGAUUGCCUGUUUUCUACCUUUCGUUGCCCAGUCUUUCUUUUCCUUCUUUUCUCCCUAGCACUCGCUUGACUCCAAUCUACUGACAACCACGCUUCGUCGCCAUCAUGCCGCCACGCAACAGCAAAGCUUCGCGAGACAACGCUUCCUUCACUGUCGAUGACUCCUCUUCCAGCUCCGACGUAGAUGAGUUUGUCGUCGUGUUUGCUGGUCGUACCGCGGCCGAGCUCAAAGAUGGAAAGCCCAUCCACUACUCCAAGCAACUCAAGAAGAUUAUCAUUACCCACGCCAUUACGAACGCAUACGCCGCCAAGUCACCUCCUACCCUGGCUGUCUUCCUCGAUCUGUUCCUGCACAAGCUUGGCGGCACAGCUGUCACCAGUCUCGGCAGCAAGUCCAUCGUCACUUCAUGUGUCCAAUCCGUUGCAGGCGAGCUCACUACGUUGCUCUGCGCCUCAGGCACCGCCGGCUUGGUCCAGGAGCAGAAGGUGGACGGAGACCAGUACCGUGUGCUUGUGUCGAAGGCUCUCAUCAAGCUUGUGGAAAAUGAUGAGCUGAAGAUGAGCAUGUUCAAGAGCGGACACUUGGAAGACCUGCACGCUCAGCUUGGCCGCAGAAUGAAGGCUAUGGUCGCUGCCAGCGAUGCUUUGCCAGUAAGUCUCAUCUCUUCCCCCUCACGCCGCCUCAUCACGUUUACCUCCACCAAGUCUCUGGUUCGGAUUGUCGUCGAUCAUCUCAUCCGUACGGGUCAGAUCCGAUCAUCCGGCAACCCCUUCACAGGGCAGUUUCGAGCCGGCACGGCCAUUUCCCAGGCCCCGAUCGCUGCGUACUACGGCCACGAGACCGUCACGGUGACCGAAGCGGAUUCACGAGCCCUCGCAGCCAAGGACAAGAACCGCGACGCCCAGGCUCGUGCGUACAAGAACUGGGGCAAGUACAUGGUGAAGGCGAUGAUGGCUGCCGAGGAAGCAGACCUAGAUGACCUGCCAGCUCAUGCGAAGAAGAGCUGGGAGUGGAAUGGCUGUACGAUGAAUUUCGACGAGGAGAAGGAUUACGUCGCCUGUUCACUCUCUCCCCCUCGUAGGCAGCAGGAGUCUUUCGAGAAGCUCAUCGUCAAUGUGCCAAACCCGAUUGUGGGUAACGGCGAGGCCAGCGGCGAUGACACCGAAACCGGGACUGUGAAGAGUGAGGACGAGGAUUGUAGCGCCCUAGUCGGAACUCUGCAUAUGACUCUCCGAUCACUACCUUGCUUGCCUCAAUAUGCCCGCCCACAUAUACACACUCACCCAAUCACUUCGCGACGUCGUCGUCGAUCCGCGGAUAUCAAUGUAGAAGAACUUCAGGCCUUGCAAGAUAGUCAUCAGUCCUUCUUCCGAAAGAACCAAGUUCAUGCAAAUUUCACCGACUUUUUCCUAUUUCCGGCCGGGCCCUUCCCUCGACCAUAA